AUGAUGACGGUAUUUAAAGACUCGCUCGCUGCCUCGAGUGCGUCCAUUGUUGCCCGACCCGUUGCUAUCCUCAGCGAGUGGUACUGCCGCCUGUCCAACGACUACUCCGAGAACAACUACGAUGCGCACAUAGACCUGUCGAACCUGGUGUUUUGGACCGCUUGCGCUGCUACAAUGGCUGCUGGCUGUGGACUGCUGUCGGCCCGUUGGGCUCGAAAGCGCGAUGCUAAACAGACACAGGCGCUGGAUCAGCGCCGCCGCAAACACACUACCGCAACCCCGGUGUCUUCUGAAGAGGAGAGUGACGGGUCCUCUUCUGUGCGCAAGGUACUCACUGUCGACGAGAAGGAGUAUACGACUUCUUACCGGCGCUUUUCCCGAGAUGACGAAUACGUUGAUCCAGGCUUGCUGAAAAAGCACUCUACCUAUCGAUCCUAUACCACAUCCGUGGCCACCUACCCUUCGAUCCGCACCUUCUUCUCUCCCCACCCUCAUAUGAGCAAGCUUCCGUCCAAGCCUGCGCCAGUACCCAUACUCGUCUUUAUCCAUGGCUUAGGCGGCUCUCUAGCACAGUUCCACCAUCUCCUGACCAGUCUAUCCAACAUUGGGCCCUGCUUUGGAAUCGAUCUACCUGGCUGUGGAUUGUCGAAAUUCUCACCCACCUCAUGGAAUGCAUAUUCAAUUGAAGCCUUGGUGGAACUGCUCGCUGUUGCAAUUGAGGAACACCGCGACAAGGCUGCUGGCCAAGGGGUCAUUUUGAUUGCGCAUAGCCUGGGUUGCUCUUUGUCGGCAUUGUUGGCGUCGUCAACAUCUCCAGUGAGCAGUACAUUACAAUCUCACAUCCAAGGUGUUAUUUCCAUUUGCCCCAAAGCCGCACCCCCCACUGCAAAAGAGGUGACCCUCUUUCGAAGGCUUCUUUGGAUCCCUACUCCGAUAUUUGAUCUGUGGCGCCUGUGGGAUCGUCGAGGUGGCAUUCAAAGCCAAAGUGUUGCUCGCUUUGUGGGCAAGAACGCCGACCCUGAUACGAAACAGCUUCAAGUAAGAUUCAACGCACAAAGCAAAAGCUCUGUGUGGCGAAGAAUGGCUUGGGGCACCCUUCCCAAGUAUGACAGGCAGAAACCUAUCGGGGGAAUGCCAGGUCAAACAGUUUGGGUCGGCAUACAAGCACCUGUUUUGCUUAUAGCCGGAGAAGCAGACGCGGUCACGAAACCCGCAGAAGUCACCAAGAUUUUGCAUUUUUUUGAACAUCAGAAUGGAGUAUCUAGCAAGAUUACCAAGUCCAACGACGCAAUUAUCCCCGACGCUGCUCGGGUUCAGGAUUCGGAAGAAAUAGGGCCUGUCGAUCCUCGCGCUCACGAGGAAGUUUAUGGAGUGGAUGCGUCUGAGGCACCCCCCAAAGACACCAAGUCUGCCCAAGGAAAAGUCGUCAAAGCCAGGAUUCUCCCAGCACCGGCCUCGCAUGCCCUUCUCUAUGAUCGUGCGACCUAUCGAACAUUAGCUGGGUUGAUCCAGGACUUUCUUCAUAAACAUAUUGACCACCGUCUUAGCCUGGGCUGGCAACUUCAACAUCUCAAUACUUCUGGAAAGUGGGAUGUCAAGAAUCUUGUCAAAUGGCAAAAGGUUCCUCCCACCUCUAGCCCCAUAGGGGAUACCUUUAUUGCUAUGAAAAUGCUUCGAGGAGUGGACGAACAUCAUAACCCAGUGCUCUUUUCGAAGGAGUGGAAAGGCAAGAUUUAUGCCGUGGUUGAUAUCAGCCAUGAGAACCCAGUCUAUGACCCGAAUGAAUUAGAGAAUGGCGGAAUCCAUUACCACAAACACCCUACCGUGUCCAAAAUCCCGCCUACACCAGACGAAACCCGGGAUUUCAUCGGACUAGUGGAUCAUUUAGAAAAAGAAAUUACUGAAACAAUGGAGAAGCGUGAUGACGGGGCAGCUGCACGUCCGCUGGUCGGAGUACAUUGCCAUUACGGUUUUAAUAGAACGGGGUUCCUCAUCGCCAGCUACCUCAUCGAGAGGAAAGGCUUCAGCGUGCAGGACGCCGUUGACGAGUUUGAAAGAUGUCGACCCCCUGGAAUCCGACAUGAUCACUUUAUAGAUACGUUAUUUGUUCGCUAUUGCGUUGGUUUGAAACGAAGCGCCACCUCUGUACGGACGGCGCUAACCUUGAAAGGACAAGCGAAACCCGCCCGCACAAAAUUGGCUGAGGCCCAAAAGUUCAUCGGGGCUUACUCCGCUUUCUUGAAGCGCCAGGGAAAGCUUUCAAUUCCCGGCUGGGUCGACACUGUCAAGACCUCUCCUUCCAACGAGCUCCCUCCCCAGGACGCUGACUGGUUCUACGUUCGUGCCGCCGCCGUCGCCCGUCACAUCUACCUCCGCAAGACUGUCGGUGUAGGCCGUCUCCGCAAGGUCCACGGAUCGACGAAGAACCGCGGUGCCGCCCCCGCCCACCACGUCGACGCCUCUGGCCAGGUCGACCGCCGUGUGCUCCAGUCCCUUGAGAAGAUCGGUGUUGUUGAGAUUGACGAGGAGAAGGGUGGCCGAAGGAUCACCCAGAGUGGUCAACGUGAUUUGGACCGUAUCGCCAAGACCGCCGUGGAAGAGGAGGAGGAAGAGGAUGAUGAGUAA